UCACUGAUUAGGUUAAAAAAAGUAGAAGAGUGUGACUAAAAUAACCAUAUAAUCGUUACGCAAUAAUUUAAUGCAAAUGUAAUUAGAGUUAUUAAUCAUGAAGUUAAGGUAAUUGUAAUUGAACCAAAAAUACAUCUAAGAAAUGCUCGUCAACUUCGUUGCUAUGAUUUCAUGUGUUAUCAAGUAUUAUCAUAUUCGUUAAGACAGGUGCCAAAGCCCACAUUUGAAGUUAUAUUAUUAUUUAUAAUCCUUUAUAUCAUUGACUAUAAAUAAAUACCAAUAAACAAUUCAGCGCUGUUUAAAAAGAUAUUUGAGGUUACGUAGUCUCCUCACAAUUUCGGAAGUUAGGAUGAUUCUAAAUAAAAAUAAGUUGCUGUUUAUACCUGCAUGCUAGUCAAUCACUUGAUGACUGCUUGAUAACUGUUAGCAUGUAGAGAUGGCUGCAUAUUUGAAUCGCACUGUAUCCAUGAUGGCAGGAGAUGGACCCCACAACAAGGGCUCGAUCUCUGCCAUUGCAUCUGACUUUAGGGCCAUACGGAAUACACCACAAGACAAUUCUCCUUUGCAGAUAUUUGUUAAAGCCAAAAGGAAAAUAAAUGACAUAUUUGGAGAGAUUGAGGACUAUGUUAAAGAUGCCAUUGAUUAUAUGCAUGUUGUAGAGAAAGAAUUAUCAAUAUUAAAUGCAGAAGAAGUGAAGCAGAUGGAGACUUUUGUGAAUAAAGUACAUGGUAUUAGGGAUGUUCUUGCUAGAGAUCACAUGAAAGUAGCUUUCUUUGGUCGUACUUCUAAUGGGAAGAGUUCUGUUAUCAAUGCCAUGUUACGGGACAAAGUUCUACCUAGUGGCAUAGGACACACGACUAACUGCUUCCUUCAGGUGGAAGGAUCGCCUGCAGAUGAGCCCUACCUCGUUCUUGAGGGUUCCGACGAGCACUGUGCCGUUGAAUCUGUGGGCCAACUUGCCCACGCUCUUUGCAAGGAAAAGUUAAACGAGUCACAGCUUGUAAGAGUAUUUUGGCCCAGAAAUCGUUGCGUGCUCCUCAGAGACGACGUGGUUUUUGUCGACUCACCAGGAGUGGAUGUUUCACCAAAUUUGGACGAAUGGAUCGAUAAACAUUGUCUAGAUGCGGAUGUCUUCGUGCUGGUGGCGAAUGCAGAGUCCACUCUUAUGGUAACGGAAAAGAACUUCUUUCACAAAGUAUCUACAAAACUUUCAAAACCAAACAUUUUUAUUUUGAAUAAUCGAUGGGACGCCUCUGCUACCGAGCCUGAAUUUCUGGAUCAAGUUCGUAGACAACACCUAGAGAGAGGUAUCGACUUCCUUGUGAAAGAGUUGAAAGUGUGCACACCGAAAGAAGCGGACGAGCGAAUAUUUUUCAUAUCAGCCAAAGAAGCCUUGAUAGCCCGUUUGGCUGAGAAGGGUUUCGGUAGUUCUAAUUCCUUAGCCGAAGGCUUUCAGAAUCGUUAUUUCGAAUUCGAAGAUUUCGAACGAAAAUUCGAAGAAUGCAUCUCAAAGUCGGCAGUUAAAACCAAAUUUGAACAGCAUUCGCAACGAGGAAAGUACAUUUCCAACGAGUUGCGUAACAUCUUAGACAAACUGUAUCAUGAUGCUCAGCUGUUGAAAGAAGAGAAAUUAAAGCAACGUAAAGAUUUAAAUGAUAAAAUAAAUUUUACCGAGCAACAGUUAAUGCUCAUCACGCAGGACAUGAAACAGAAAAUCCACGACAUGGUGGACGACGUCGGUCAACGCGUCGCCAAAGCUCUUAACGAAGAAAUAAGACGCCUGAGUAAUUUGGUCGACGAAUUUAAUUUGCCUUUUCAUCCCGAACCAUUAGUUCUGAAUGUUUAUAAGAAAGAACUUCACGCGCACGUAGAAUCAGGUUUGGGGUCGAAUCUGAGGGCACGGCUGUCCACUGCCCUUGCCUUGAACGUCGAAGCGAGUCAGCAGGAGAUGUUAGAGCGCUUAGAAAAAUUGAUACCAGAUGAAAAAAAGGGCACCAGUAUUAUCCUGCCACGUAGACAGCCUUUUGAGAUCCUCUAUCGUCUCAACUGUGAUAAUUUAUGCGCCGACUUCAAAGAGGACUUAGAAUUCAGGUUUUCGUGGGGCAUAACGACCCUGAUACAGAGAUUCGCUGGGUCUGGUGCUGGUUAUUUAGCCCUCAAAAACAAACGCGACAGCCCUACCAGCUCUAUAAUUCCUAAUCCAAGCAGUCCUACAGAUUUGUACCCAAACCAUCAGAAUAAUAUAGUGAACGAUGACUGGUCUCUAAUAGCGAAACUUGCGUUAGCAAGCGCGACUUCGCAGGGGACCAUGGGGGGCCUGUUGGUCGCUGGUUUCCUUUUUAAAACUGUUGGAUGGCGCGUAAUAGCUGUAACGGGCGCUAUUUAUGGAUGUCUUUACUUGUAUGAAAGACUAACUUGGACAAACAGGGCCAAAGAGAAGGCGUUCAAGAGGCAAUACGUGGCGCAUGCUACAAAGAAAUUGAAACUGAUUGUCGAUUUGACGUCUUCGAAUUGUAGUUAUCAAGUGCAGCAGGAAUUGAGCGGCACGUUCGCCAGAUUGUGUCACUUGGUGGACGAAGCCACGACCGAUAUGGACGCUGAACUUAAAGCGUUAGAGGUGCAGGUCCGGAACUUGGAAAAUGCAGCUGGACGAUCGAAAGUAUUGAGAAAUAAAGCGAAUUAUUUGACACAUGAACUUGAACUUUUCGAAGACGCUUAUCUCAAACCUCUCAAUUAAACUCCCUGUCUGUUAGUUGAUUUAUUAGUUUAGCAGAGAUUUAUAAUAAAUAUACAAAUAUUUUACACCUCGGCAACGCAAAUUUUGAGGCCUCUCGUUGUAUGUAAUUAUACUUAUAAUUAUUGAUAUUGUAAUAAUUAGUAAUUUUGUCAUACAGUACACGUGAGUAAAGGUCAUACAGACAAUUAUCAAUUUAUAAUUGUACAUGUUAACAUAAUAUGAUGAAAGUGCAUGGAAAGAUAAACGAUGGAAGACUA